UCUGUAUUUAAAUCUAACUUUAUCCCUCAACCAUUUCUCUCCAAGCUUUCCUUUUCUGGCUCUGGGGUUUCUUGUCUCUCUCCUAUUGCCCGCCAGCUAGUAAUUUACAAGCUGAUUCGUUGAGGAAAAAUGGCAGGUAUAUCUUCAGGAGCAUUAACGGGUGUAGUGGUUAUUCUGGCCCUUGAUUUCGCCAUUGUUUCACCUUAUGUCGAGGCCCAAUCUGCAGCACCAGCUCCUUCUCCUACAAGUGAUGGAACAUCGAUCGACCAAGGGAUUGCUUACGUGCUGAUGCUUGUGGCACUGAUGCUCACAUACCUUAUCCACCCACUAGACGCGUCAUCCUACAGCUUCUUUUAUAAUAAUUCUCUAGCUUAGUGAUUGAGAGAUUCGUUUAUGUCAUGGUUGCAAUGGAAAUUGCUAUGCGGAUAAAUCCAUGAACUUGUUUUUCUUUUUCUUGAAGUGAUGGAUGGAUUGCAUUUGUUUUUUGAGAGUUUGAUUGGUUCUUUCUUG